AGACUGUCUCCGUUCUAUUAUGAAGAGAGUGAAUCAUAAAGAUCCCCAUGUUGCUAUGCAAGCAUUAACACUUCUAGGAGCAUGUGUAUCAAACUGUGGUAAAAUCUUUCAUUUAGAAGUCUGUUCAAGAGAUUUUGCCAGUGAAGUAAGCAAUGUGUUGAAUAAGGGUCAUCCAAAAGUUUGUGAAAAGCUGAAAGCCCUUAUGGUGGAAUGGACUGAUGAAUUCAAGAAUGACCCACAGCUUAGUUUAAUAUCUGCUAUGAUAAAAAAUCUUAAGGAACAAGGAGUUACUUUCCCAGCUAUUGGUUCACAGGCUGCUGAACAGGCAAAAGCCAGUCCAGCUCUAGUUGCCAAAGAUCCUGGUACAGCAGCCAACAAAAAGGAAGAGGAGGAUUUGGCUAAAGCUAUUGAACUGUCACUAAAGGAGCAAAGGCAACAGCAAACAACACUUUCCAGUUUGUAUCCGAGCACCUCAAGCCUUUUAACAAAUCACAAACAUGAGGGCCGAAAGGUUCGUGCAAUCUAUGAUUUUGAGGCUGCUGAAGACAACGAAUUAACUUUUAAAGCCGGAGAACUUAUAACUAUCCUUGAUGACAGUGAUCCAAAUUGGUGGAAAGGUGAAACUCAUCAGGGUAUAGGAUUAUUUCCAUCUAAUUUUGUAACAGCUGAUCUUUCUGCUGAGCCAGAAAUGAUGAAAGCUGAGAAGAAAACUGUGCAGUUCAGUGAUGAAGUUCAAGUAGAGACAAUAGAACCUGAGCCUGAACCAGUUUAUAUUGAUGAAGAUAAAAUGGAUCAACUCUUGCAGAUGUUACAAAGUGCAGAUCCAUCUGACGACCAGCCAGACCUCCCAGAAUUGCUUCAUCUCGAGGCAAUGUGCCACCAGAUGGGACCUCUCAUAGAUGAAAAGUUGGAAGAUAUAGACAGGAAGCAUUCAGAACUUUCAGAGCUCAAUGUUAAAGCAAUGGAGGCUCUUUCUUUGUAUAACAAAUUGAUGAAUGAAGACCCAAUGUAUUCCAUGUAUGCAAAACUACAAAACCAACAGUAUUAUAUGCAGUCAUCUGGUGUUUCUGGCUCUCAGGUUUAUCCGGGCCAACCUCAAAGUAAUGCAUAUUUGGUGGCAGGGAGUGCACAGAUGGGCCAUAUUCAAGGCUAUAAUCUUCCUCCUGAACAACUCUCUUCUCUCAGCCAAGGCACAGUUACUCCAUCUGCCAGCUCAGUACUGCCUGGUCAGCCUACACAGACAUCUUACACAAAUACAAUGGUUGGCUCUGUUGCUGGAAAUACUUACUCUAACCAGGCUUCAGUGUAUAGUCCACCAGCUGCUACUGUUGAUGUUGCUGCUUAUCAGAAUGCUGGAACUAAUAUGUCCCAGGUGCCAAACUAUAACUUAGCAUCUACACCUCUGCCACAGACAGCAGGCAGUCAACAAGCACCGCCACAACAACCACAGCCUCCACCACCUCAACAACCACAGCAUAGUUACUCACAGAAGGCUCUGCUAUAGGAUCCAGGACUUCUGAUUCCAAAUCCUCUUUAACCUCUGCUAAAGGCAGUUGGCAAUUCUAUGAGUUUCUUCCUUUAAUCUCUUUAAACUUUGUUUAUCCUCAGCUUAAUAAGCAUCUAUCUUGGUGAACAAGUUCAAUUUGCACUGACUUUUUAGGAUUUUUUUUUUUUAAUUUUGCAGAGGAACAGAUAUAUUUAGGACAUUUAAUUCCUUUUAAAAUGCCUAAAAAAUGGUACAAGAUUAUUUAUGUCUGGUAAAAUUGGCUAGUCUGUGAAA